AUGCAAAUUCAGAGCAAUAUCGAAAACUUAGCAAAAUUGUGCUUACCGUUGGCAGUGAAGGCAGCAAUUAUCGCCUCCAGCACCGCGCCAUUAAGGACUAGUCGGAUCCUUGAAAUCUUUGAGCUCAUGACCGCCUACGAGGAUUCUAUCGAUCAGUUUGGCGCGUUAACUGCUGAAAUACGCAAGUACCCAUGCUCAUCCAAAAAGACUUUCGACGAUUUGUAUGCCCUCUUCAUACCCCGGCUAUGUGCCACGCUUGUCGAGAAGAAUCUGGAUAUUUGUGCGCCUCCGUUCAGUGAUUUGAUACAUGACGUGGUCGGCAUGUACCUCGCGAAUAUCUUGAAAUCCAAGGGAUGUGCCGUGCAUAUUAUAUCGGAGCGUUUUGGGUGCGACAAUUGCACAGAGUGCUACACCGUGGAUGUGUUCUAUCGGGACCCAAAUUGCAGCGAGAUCGUCAUGCCCAAGCUGGAUCCUGUCUGCCGAGAACACGUUUUGCAAAAUUUGAAACUUGAAAGAGCAUUCUGCACGGUUGAAAUCAUGCGGACAACACGCCCGAUGAGCGUUAAGUUAGUCAAAACCCCGGAGGUGGUGUUGGCCGCAACGUGGCUGGAAAGGCGGAAGGUGGCGAAGAAUUUUUUGGCGGCUAUUGGAUCUGAGGAUGUGAUUGCAAAGAUAAUGGGGGAAAGUUAUACCAUGGUCAAGGAUGCGAUUGGGGGGAAGGCUUCGUUCUCUCAGCGUCCGCGGUGCUGCCAGAGCACGACGACGAGCAGAGGAGGGAGGGGGGAGAAGGAAGGAAAGGGUUUGGAAAUUAUCAAGAGACAGUGA